AUGGAGCCUGGUGGAACCCAGAAGUCCAACCAGACGUUGGUGACAGAAUUCUUGUUGCAGGGAUUCUCAGAGCACCCAGCACUGCGGCUGCCACUGAUCAGCUGUUUCCUGGUCCUCUACACUGUGGCUUUCAUUGGCAAUACUCUGAUUGUUGCUGUAGUGGGAUUCAGUGCCUGCCUCCACCGUCCCAUGUAUUUCUUCCUGUCCAACCUAGCCACCAUGGACAUCAUCUGCACCUCCACAAUCCUGCCCAAGGUGUUGGUAGGUUUGAUUGUGCAGGAUAACACCAUUUCCUAUAUGGGCUGCAUGGUCCAGCUUUUCUUCCUUAUUUGGUCUGCAUCUUCUGAGCUACUGCUGCUAUCAGUCAUGGCCUUCGAUCGCUAUGUGGCUAUUUGUCGCCCACUGCACUAUGGUUCCAUCAUGAGCCCACGAGUGUGCACAGCACUGGCUGGAGGUGUAUGGGCUAUUUGUGCCCUGAAUGCUUCCAUCAACACGAGUCUGAUGGUGCAACUGACCUUCUGUGGGCCUCACAUAAUUGCCCAUUUUUUCUGUGAGAUCCCCCCACUGCUACUUCUUUCCUGCAGCCCCACUUGGGUGAACAGCAUCAUGACUGUUCUGGCUGAUGGCUUCUAUGGCUUCACCAACUUCAUGCUCACUCUGACCUCUUAUGGCUGCAUAGUGACCAGUAUCCUGCGCAUCAGCUCAGCUGAAGGCAAACGUCGUGCAUUCUCCACCUGUUCCUCCCACCUGAUGGUGGUCUGUGUGUACUACACUGCUGUCUUCUAUGCCUACAUCAGUCCAGCCUCCAGCUAUAUCCCUGAGAGGAGCAAAGUGGCAGGGGUGCUGUACACUGUGGUGAGCCCUACCCUGAACCCGCUCAUCUACACUCUUCGGAAUGCGGAAGUCCAUCGUGCUCUCGGCAAAUUCCUCCCCUUCUGUCGAAGGUGA